UAUUGUUUCUACAAAGUAUAGUAAAGAUAGAAAUUGAGAGGUCUGCCUCAAAUCUCCCACCAGACAUGGCUGUCGUUCAAAUUUCGAGCUCUCUCUGCACUUCCAUUCGCGAUGUUGUUAUGUCAAACCCAGUAAGUGUUUCUUCUGUUAGGGUCUCAACUCGUAUUCAAUUUGGGACUGUUUUUGCUACUGGUUCUCCCCUCUUGACUAGGAACAGUUUCUAUCGAGUAAAGGCUAUUCCAAGUAGAGCAGCAUCACUUUCCAUACGAUGCGGGCAGAGUACCAAGGAAGAAAGUAAUUUGGACGUAUGGCUUGGUCGAUCUGCCAUGAUUGGUUUUGCUGUUGCUAUUAGUGUGGAAAUAGCCACAGGCAAAGGACUUCUAGAGAAUUUUGGGGUCACAGGGCCCUUACCUACUGUUGCAUUGGCCGUCACUGCAUUGGUGGGCAUUCUGACCGCCGUCUUCAUCUUCCAGUCUGCUUCAAAGAGCUGAUUAUUCUUUUCACUUCUUGUUUCAUGUAUGUAAGAGUGAUAUUGUUGCAUCGUUAAAUGAAUAUUGCCAAUUUGUCAAUAGAAAAAGUAUUUUCUGCAGAGUUUUCCAUCCCUUAACCUUGUAAAAUUUAUGUUUGCUUGAAUCCAGCAGAACUGCAUGUCUAUUACCAAUGUGCAAGUGGUCCUUCCUUCAAUCAA